AUGGAUCCCCGCAGUGAUGAAGGAAUAUUUCUUGGAUAUGCUCAAAACUCAGCUGCGUACAGAGUGUACAAUCUUCGUACUAAGACAGUGAUGGAAUCCGCAAAUGUUAUCUUUGAUGAAGAAACACAACGGAAGGUUGAUAGCAUCUCACUGGAGCCAAGUCCUUCUCGCGGUAUUCCAGAAGGCUCUCGUGCUGUCUCUGACCCCCCUCUCAAGGAUGAGUCAGAUGGAUCUUCCACCGACACUGGCGAGUUUGACGACAAUUUGUCAGGACCUGACACGUCAAUUCCUGUACACAAGAAUCAUUCACCUAAUGAUUUAAUUGGUGAUCUUCAGGCUCCUCGUCAAACUCGGCACAAGCCCAGGAUCAACUAUCAAGAUAUGGUUCGGUUUGUAUGCUUCAACUCCCAGAUUGAACCAAAAAAGGAAGAGCUGGAACAAUUUGUCCGCAAUGAUGUCUGGGUUGACUUAACUGAAGAGCCAACACAAAUCACAUCUGAAAUGAGUAAUCCUGAAGCCGGUGAAAAUCAAAAAGAGGAUGUGAUCGAAGAAGUUGUCUAUGAAGAUGCCCAGGAAAAAGAUGGUGUGAAUGAUGAACGGACGAUCAUUGAAACACUGAAAGAAUUAUACAAUGACCCAGAGAAGGAGGAUGAAACUGAAACACAAUCUCGUGCCCCAGAGAUAUCUCUGCCUAAUCCGGUGAGUUCAGAUGAUUCUGAUAGCCCUCUGAUUAUCUUGCAACAGAAAGCUAAGGCCAGAAACAUAACUCGAAAGCGCAAAGGCACUUCAGCACAUGGAAGGACACACUUGAGCAAUGUUCAGAGAGCUCAGAGAAGGAAAACAACUCGGAAGGGAAAAGGCACUGGUAACGACGGCCCUUCAGAACCAUCUGCUCCACACAGUGAAACAGGUGUUAAACCACUCUCUGAUAGAUUUCUGUCUGUCGAAACUAAGAAGAGGUUUGACAAGUUUAAAGGAGUAGAUGUAAUUGCUGAACGCAAUGUCAAUGUGAUGGAUUUUCGGAAAAAUUACAUUUGGAAUUUGUUUGAAGAAAGGCAACUGACGGGGACGAUGACUUAUGCUUGUGCAUUCAGUAAACUACUUGUCAGAGAGUUUUAUGCAAAUCUCACUCAACGCACUGACAUUCCUGGAGAUUUCAUGCAUCACAAGACCUUUGUGAGAGGUCGAUUUAUUGAAUUUUCUCCGACAGUCAUCAAUCGGUUGUUGGGAACACCCGAUAACGCCUCACAAGGAUUAGACGAUCUACCUGAAGGUACUUCACUUGAAGAUUUGGAGGUAGCUCUCACUGGAGAGUAUUUGACAGAAAGGAAUGGGAAGAUUCCCAUAAUUUGUCUCAAGUUUGAAAGUCGGGUUAUGCAUCUGAUUGGAAAGACAAAUUGGUUACCGACUCGAAGGUCUGAUGUGAUUCAAGAUGAGUUAGCAUUACUGAUAUUCAAGCUGCUGAGGAAAGAAGACGUAAAUUUUGGCUCCAUCAUCUACAGUCACAUACUGUCCAGAGCUGAGGAUAUGAGAAUGCGAUAUUUGCUGCCUCAUCCCUGUCUCAUCCAGAGUAUUAUUGUCCGCCAAAGUCCAGAGAUCCUUGCUGACUCAGAAAUUACUGAAGUAAUUCAGCGGCCCUUGGUCAUAGAAGCCAGAAGGAAGAACACUAAAAUCAUAGCUCAGAUCUGUGCCCCUCAACACGCUCUUUGGGAGGAGUUUCAGAGGGGAGAAAGUGAAAGUGGAGCACCCUCAUCAAGCGUAAAAGACAAAGGCAAAGGAAAAAUGGGUGAGGAUGAAGAGGAUGAAGUAGCAAGUGAGGCUGAAAAGGAGGAGGAGGAAGGAGAAUCAGAAGAAACUGGAGAACAGAGUGAAUGA